AUGGAUGACUCGGACACUCGCCUGUUCCGUUUCUCUAAGCCGAGAUGGCUGAACAGCGCCAACGCUCGUUCUGCCGGAGUCUACUCCUCUGGUGCUCUGUUCUCCCUCGGAUUCUUCUUCCUCAUCGACGCCGCCGCCUUCUCACACAGCUCCAAAAAUGGUUCCGUCGUUCAUGUCAAAUUUGUCGACUGGAUCCCUGGUAUAUGUUCGUCGCUGGGGAUGCUGGUCAUCAACUCGAUCGAAAAGUCCCGCUUAACCGCCGAUAACCUGAGCUAUUUUGGAAGCGGGGUAGCAUGGAAAGUGAGAUUUGUGCUAUUUCUGGGGUUUGCGCUGCUAGCAGGUGGUCUUGCAGGAAGUGUGACGGUAAUGGUACUCAAGUAUCUGCUCAAAGGGUAUCCGCUUCAGACACUUUAUUUCGGAAUUGCAAAUGUGAUUGCGAAUGGGUUCAUCAUGAUCAGCUCUGUGGUGCUCUGGAUUUCACAAAACAUGGAGGACGAUUACACAUACAGUCUUGCUCUCUGA